GUAGUAUACCUUUACCUGCUGCGUGCACACAUACCUCACGCUCCAAAUCAACUGUGCGUGUUUCAAGGAUGCCACGUGGUGGGUAAUGUUCUCUCCUUCCAGUUUCAGGUCAAGCUUCCAGAGGCGCAAAAAACUGCGUAGACUCCAAGUCCCUGUGCGGCCUCCGGUUCCCGACACCCUUCCGUUACAUCCGCUGCCACCUGCCCGACAUCCGCGGCAGGAUCAGAACGCACAGCAGCGGGAUGCUCAACAACAGGGAGCUGCAAACUGCAAAGAAUCUGCAGUUUAUGAUGACUUUUAUGAUUUUCGAGCCGGGUGGGUUCCGGAAGACGACUUGCCCGUUGCUAUGGCGAAAAUCGAAACUUUCCUCAACAAGAGCAUCGGGUCGCUGUACAUGAAGCACAAGUUCUCG